AUGUCUCAGCAGUUGCUUGUUAUCACUGGUGUAUCUGGCCAUGUGGGCUUCCGUGUGCUCGUUGAAGCUCUCAGCAGAGGGUACAAAGUUCGAGCAGUGAUUCGCAAUGCAUCACAGUCCGAACAGAUCAAAGCCACCAAUUCUGUGAAGCUAUAUUUAGCACAGGUUGAAUUCGUAGUAGUCCCGGACCUGCUCGCUCCUGGUGCCUUCCAUGGCAUACUUGAUGGCGCUGACGGUGUAGUCCACGUUGCCUCUCCACUUCCUUCAACAAGCGACAACUUCAAGCGCGACCUCAUCGAUCCAGCCGUCAACGCAACAGUGAAUAUUCUCAAGGCAGCAAAGGAGAUCACUACAAUUAAGAAGGUUAUUAUCACCUCUUCCAUUGCUUCUCUUAUAAAUUGGGACUAUAUUGUAUCAUCUGAUACCACCAAGGUCUUCACGGUGCGAGACACUUACACCCCUACAAACCUCGACGGUCCCUUCGCAAAUGUCAUGGACGCCUACGCUGUCUCUAAAGCCGCAGCCUUUGCCGCCACGGAGCGCUUUGUCGAGGAACAAAAGCCGAGCUUUGAAGUUAUCAACAUUCUACCCAGCAUGGUGACAGGAAAGAACGAGCUGAAUCGCAAUCCCGAGGAUGUCGGGAAAGGCACCAACGGUACCACCCUUGGCGUCUUGCUGAACAACAAGAGCGAAACUCCGACUCUCGGUGCAUCAGUCCAUGUCAAUGACGUGGCCAGAGCUCAUAUUGACGCGUUAAACCCAGCGAUCCAGGGGAAUCACAACUACCUCUGCUCUUCAGGUGGAGUCGAAGGUACGAUGUGGGAUGACGCCAAGGACAUCGUCAGACAGCACUUGCCUAAGGCUGUGGCUGACGGCAUAUUCCCUCUCGAGGGAAGCCAGCCUUCGAGGCCUAUUCGCUUAAACUCGUCUGAGACGGAGGAAGCUUUUGGGUGGAAGUUUGCCAGCUUUGGGGAGCAGGUAAAGAGCGUUGCGGAGCAUUAUCUGGAACUUUCGGCGGCAAGAUAG